AUGUACCAUUUGAAAAAUUUGAGAGUCAUUGGUGAACCAGUCUACAUUGUGGGCAACUCAUUGGGAGGAUAUGUUGCAUUGUAUUCUGCGGCACGUAACCCUCAUUUAGUGAAAGGUGUCACACUGCUUAAUGCAACUCCUUUUUGGGGGUUUCUUCCUAAUCCAAUUAAGAGUCCUGGUCUAGCAAAAUUUUUUCCAUGGGCUGGAACAUUUCCACUACCUACUAAUGUAAAGAGACUAACAGAGUUGGUGUGGGAGAAAAUUAGUGAUCCUGCAAGUAUUGCUGAGGUACUUAAUCAGGUUUAUGCAGAGAAUUCAACAAAUGUAGAUAGUGUAUUUUCACGCAUAAUUGAAACCACAAGGCAUCCUGCAGCAGCAGCAGCAUUUGCUUCAAUUAUGUUUGCUCCCCGGGCCGAAUUAUCUUUCAGUGAAGCGUUAUCUGGAUGUCGAAAAAGCAAUGUGCCAAUUUGCCUAAUGUAUGGAAAAGAAGAUCCCUGGGUAAGGCCACUUUGGGGACACCAGGUUAAAAGGCAGGUGCCUGAAGCUUCAUAUUAUCAAAUUAGCCCUGCUGGUCACUGUCCUCAUGAUGAAGUCCCUGAGGUCAUAAAUUUCUUGCUACGUGGGUGGAUCAGAAAUCUAGAGUCUGAGGGUUCUAUCUCAUUGCCACUGCUUGAGGGCCUAGACAGUCUGAAACAAGCUAAUGCCAGGGAGUUAGAAUUUAUCAGAGAAGGUUCAACAAAAUCAGUGAUGGUCAGAUUUUACGAAUCCACAUUCUCCCUUUGGGACAGGAUAAGAUCUUACAUCAACCAUCGAUCUAAGUUGAGAAAUUCGGCAACCAAAUCUCAAUGA